UCGAUUAGAGGGCAGCAAGCCUCAUACGUCGAAGCUUCAUAGAUUUCAGUGACCGAUAAUGGGGAGUUUGAGAAGAGCCCUGUCCUCCACCAUCCCUCGCAUCCUCACCUCCAAUUCGCGGCUCCCCAACCCCCAAACUCUUCACAGGCCUAUUUUGGGUUCCUUCGCCCGUUUCUACUCAGAUGGAAGCGCCAAUUCCCUUAAUAUCGAUCUUUCCGAUGAAGAAAGCAAAAGGCGCUUGUUUAACAGGUUGCUGUAUAGGAGUAAACAAAGGGGGUACCUUGAGCUGGACUUGAUUCUGGGGAAAUGGGUGGAAGCUCACAUUCUUUCUCUUGAUGAAAAUGGAAUUAAAUCCCUAGUUCAUCUCCUUGACCUGGAAAAUCCCGAUCUGUGGAAGUGGCUGACCAGCCAGGAGGAACCCCCUGAGGCAGUGAAAGUAAAUCCUAUAUUCAUUGCUGUGUGGCAAAAGGUGACUAGCAAUCUUGAAAAUCAUGCUGCACCAGGAACUCGUGCUAUGCCUGGUCAGUCUUGGGUGAGAGGCUGGGAUGACUUCAAGAAGGGUCGAGACGGCCCUAUUUCUGGAAACCAGUAGCUUCACAAGCUCAAGGUGUCUUGAGCAGCAGAUAGAAACUCUAUAUAUAUUGUGUGAGGAAAUCUCAUUACAUAAAAUUUCAUUUGAGAAGAAUAAGGAAAAAAAAUUGAAUUGAACUAUUA